AUGAGAUUAGUGUUCUGGAUAAUAGUAUUUUUAAGUUUAGUCUAAGCCAUCCCAAAGAAGCAAAUAUCAAUUCAUAAUAAAUACAAUACACCCAUAAAUGCUCAAGAUGUUAAAUUAAGUGAAGUAGAUUUAGCUCUAUAUUAAAAUGAUAUGUAAUAAAUUGGUUAAAAGAAUCAUUUGAAAUCUGAAAUUACAAAUUGGAUGUAGGCUAAGACAAGUUUAUUAGAAUAAUUAUCAGCUUUUUACAAUUGUUUUGAAAUAUUUUUAUCUAAAUAACAAUAAAUAGGAAUUUUAUUGGUUUGUGUAAUAUGCUUUGCAUUUUAUUUGAUGGUUAAAUCAGAAGAUAGGAAUAUGAAAUAAAAAAAGUAGAAUACUAAAAAGAAAUAGAAAAAUUGCUAGCAAGAUGAAAUAGUGCAAAUAUUGACUGAAUCUCUUAUUGCAAAAGAAUAAUGUCCUCUUCCAUAGGUUUCUACUAUUAAUGGAUCCCUUCAUUUAGAAGAAAGAGUGUUUUUAUUAUAAUUAAUAUUUUUAGUAAUAAAUCAGCUGAUUAAAUGAAAAACAAUGAACAAUUUACUUUACAUAAACGAUCCAAUUCACAACCAAUCAUUUAACCAAAUUUACCUGAUUAUUCUGCUGAAGAAAUCAAUAGUUUAUUGAAGGACAUUAACUGA